UUUCUAAAAGAUUAAUUUUAAAAAAAUAUUUAAAAUUUAAUUAAAAAUUAUUUUAAAUUUUUUUAUAAUUUUUUUUAAAUGAAUUUUUUCAAUACUUACAACGACGACAAGACUUGUAUCGGCAAAAAAUGCUUCAUAAUUGCCGAAAUUGGACAAAAUCAUCAAGGAUGUUUGAAAACAGCGAAAGAAAUGAUCAAAAAAGCCAAAGAAAGCGGAGCUGAUUGUGUAAAAUUCCAAAAAUCCAAUUUAGAAGCAAAAUUCACACAAAAAGCUCUUCGACAACCGUAUGAAAGUGCAAAUUCCUUCGGAAAAACUUACGGAGAGCACAAAAAAUAUUUGGAAUUCACACUUGACGAGUACAAAGAAUUAAUUUCUUGCGCCAAAGAGAAUGAAAUACUCUUCAGUGCGUCAGCGAUGGAUGAAGAAUCUUACAAAGACCUCCGAAAACUUGAAUUACCUUUCAUUAAAAUCGGUUCCGGUGACAACAAUAAUUGGAUAAUGCUGGAAAAGAUUGCUGAAGACGAGAAAAUGCCUCUUAUUUUGUCGCUUGGAAUGAUGAAAGCUGAUGAAGUAAUGAAAAUUCAAGAAAUUUUCAAAAAUAGGACGAACAUUGGGAUUUUACAUUGUGUCUCGUCGUAUCCAACAAAGAGUGAAGACGUAUUUUUACGAUUUAUUGAAGUUUUUCAAAAUUUAUUUCCGAAAAAAGUCGUUGGAUAUUCAGGACAUGAAAAAACUCCAAUUGUUGUGAGUUUGGGAGCUGCUGUCAUGGGAGCCAAAAUCAUUGAACGACAUUUUACUUUGGAUAAAACGUUGAAAGGAAGCGAUCACUCAUGUUCGUUAGACCCAAAAGAAUUGAGUUUACUCGUGAAACUCAUCAGAAAAGUCGAACAAAAGCAACUUCCAGAGUCUAAAGACACAGAAUCGAUUUUGGAAUUCACAAAAAAUGUAAUUCUCGAAGCAAAAGAGGAACAUUUACUAAAGGACAUGGAAGAGCUCAGAGCUGCCUUGAGUAAAAACGUGACUUUAGAAGACAAAAAAGUUUUUGACUGUGAAAUGAAUUGUUAUAAUAAGCUCAGGAAGACAUUAGUGUACAGUAGAGACAUUCCAGCAGGAAAAAUUUUGCAAAAAUCAGAUUUUUGUAUAAAAGUUAACACGGAAUUUGGAGUUCUAACGGAAAAAAUUGACGAGUUAAUAGGAAAAAUUUUAGUUAAAAAUGUUUCUUAUGAAGACUCUGUUCAAUUAAGUGAUUUUAAAUCCUAAAAAUAUUAUUUUGUUAUGAAAAAAAUUUUUGUAGUUGAAAAAGUUUAAUUUUUUAAGACUCAAUUAAGACUUUAUUUUGAAAAAAACGUUAAAAAUGUAUAUUUUAGUGAGCAAAU